GGGGGAAGAGGGGCGGGACUUCUAUUAACACUUGCUAGGUGGUCACCUGAAAAUGUCUGACAAUGCAGAGUCCCCAACAGAAACACAAAAAGACGAAUCUACGGCAUCGCAACCGCCACAAGAUGACUCGACGACAAACGAAGAGAAGAAGAAAAUUGAUGUGCUGCUGAAGGCGGUGGGAGACACUCCGAUCAUGAAGACCAAGAAAUGGGCCGUGGAGAGAGGGAGGACCGUGCAGUCCCUCGCUCAGUUCAUCGCUCGCUUCUUGAAGCUUGAUGCGAGUGAGCAACUGUUUAUAUAUGUGAACCAGUCUUUUGCCCCCUCACCUGAUCAAGAAGUAGGCGUCCUCUUUGAAUGUUUUGGCAGUGAUGGCAAGCUGGUUCUACAUUAUUGUAAAUCCCAAGCCUGGGGUUAACAGCUCUCUUAAACUCUUCCUGCUGCCCCUCUCUUAAACUCUCAUGCAAACAUAUAUGUAUAUUGCUGAUUUUGCAUCUUUGUCAUUUUUUUAUGUACAUACACAUUGUAAAUAAAUUAUUGACUAUGGAAA